AGUUUACUGUCAUAACAUAUUAGAAAAACCGCGAAAAUGGAAGUAGUGGAGGAUGUAUCAAAAAAACUUGAAAUUGACGACAGAAAAGUAAUAAAUAAAGCCUCCGAGCAUCUAAGGCUAUUGAACAUAAAAAGCACCAGUCUUCAACUCACAGAAUAUGCAAAAACGGUUAUCUGCCUUGACAUCGCUGCGACCAAUACAAACUCACCAUUCAAUCAGGAAACCGCUCUGGCACUGCUCUGCUAUGGUAAAGCUAGAUAUCGCAAAGAGAAAAAUAUCAUCCAACGCGUCCUGAACGUAACACAAGUGCCCGAUGUUCGAAGCAUCUGUUCGAUUAUACGAGUAGCCAAUCAAAAAGAAUUGGAAGAACGGGCCACCAAAAUGCUGAAAGAAUACAGAGCCACCACUGAUCUAACCGAUUCCCAUCCGCAAUAUGAUGCGAUGGCUGUGUAUUACACCAGCAAAAUGAUGAAACUGAAAGUGAACGAGGACAAACUGAUCGACGUUAGUCACCUGAAACGUAUGCAAUGGAGUCACUUGAAAACUAAAUGGCAACGAUGGUUAGAUGUAAAUAAAAUCAAAUUAACGGACACCACAAAGAAAAGGAAUGCCGACAAAGCUGGUGCUGAGACCGUAGAUGACACUAAGGAAAAUGUGAUGCCGAAAGUAAAAUGCAUCGAGGCAACGGAAAGUUAUGAAGAUUGGAAGAAGAGGGUACUUGCAAAGGCUUAUGCUGAUUUAAAGUCUGGAUAGACAAUUUCGAUCAAAAAUAAAUUUUUUAUAACAAUCAAA